UCGACUCCGUCCGUGUCGCUGUCGCUUGUUCGAGUUUUCCUUAGCCUUCCGUGUGUGUUGAAAACAUGAAAGCUGUAAAUUAAUCACCCGCCCAGAUAUUCUUGCCAUCUUGUGCUGCUCCCGGGGGAGGAAGUGCGAAUUUCCACCGUUGCGUGGCAUCGCGUUAUCGAGGAAAAGUGCUAAUCGGGUGAAAAGUCGUGGAAAACCACUCCGCCUACAGCAGCAACCCUUUUUUUUCCUUCGAAUCGAUCCACUUUGGUGUCGGAAAGCACUUUGGCCGGGACGCAAUCGAUAAGACUGAAGAACAACAACACGCUCGGAAUUUCGGGUGCCGGACGCGGAGGAAGCGACGGACAUUUUAUCUUGCGAAAUCGAGCAAACCCCCAGCCUUCAAAAUAGACAGAUCACAGAUGCCCAGAGGUAAACGCCGGUCCACUGCCGAAAUGGGACCUAGCGAGGAUGACCGACAUUCUUCCAAGAGGCAACGCAACACCUACCAGAGCAGCCAGAGCUCGAGGAGGUACAGCAAAGUGGACGAUGCCUUCAGCCAGAAGCGGUGCAUCGCUUGGUUCCGCGAGUACACCACACCGGACGAUCCGGACACUUUGGGACCAGAAGGUAUGGAAAAGUUCUGCGAGGAUGUCGGCGUCGAGCCGGAGAACGUGGCGAUGCUCGUGCUAGCGUACAAAAUGGGCGCCAAAAAUAUGGGCUUCUUCACACAGAGCGAGUGGCUGAAGGGACUGACGGAUCUGCAGUGCGACACGGCCGGCAAGGUCCAGUGCAAGCUCGACUACCUGCGCAACCUGCUGAACGAGUCCAACACGUUCAAAGUGAUCUACAGAUAUGCGUACGACUUUGCUAGGGACAAAGACCAACGCAGUAUGGACAUUGAAACGGCCAAGGCGAUGCUGCAGCUGCUGCUCGGCAAACACUGGCCGCUGUACGCACAAUUUGCCCAGUUCUUAGAGCAGUCCAAGUACAAAGUGAUCAACAAGGAUCAGUGGUGUAACAUCCUCGAGUUUUCCCGUACUAUCUCCAACGAUUUAAACAACUACGACGUCGAUGGAGCCUGGCCCGUGAUGCUGGACGAGUUCGUCGAAUGGUUAAGACUCGUGCGAACGCAGGCGACAAUUAGCUGAGAAUUGUACUACUAAGUGAUUGGCCAGCAACAAUCACACCCCAAAAGAACACACACACACACAACACACGUACACACACAAAAACAGCUUUUCUCGAGUCCUUGCGUCUCUUCACAAUCCAUGCGUCGUCACAAUGUAGAUUAAACCCACAGCAAAAAAAAAAAAAGAA